AUGGCUCGCGCAAGCACGUCUGGCGGCGACAAGGCGGCGGAGUUGAGAAAAGGGUCGUGGACAGCGGAGGAGGAUGAUCUUCUCGUUAAGUGCAUCGCGGAACACGGCGACGGCAACUGGAGCGCCAUUCCCAGAAAAGCCGGGUUGCAGCGGUGCGGCAAGAGCUGUCGCCUGCGGUGGACCAACUACCUGCGGCCCGACCUGAAGCGAGGCGCUUUCUCGCGCGACGAGGAGGACCUCGUGGUGAGCCUGCACCGUCAGAUGGGCAACCGUUGGGCGAAGAUCGCGCUCGAGAUGCCGGGGCGCACGGACAACGACAUUAAGAACCACUGGAACACGCGAUUGAAGCGGCGACUGAGGGACCUCGGCGUCGAUCCCGACUCGCACCUCCCGCUGCCCUCCGCGCCGCCCCUGCUCGCCCCCUGUAGCCUCCUCGCUGCCGCGCUGGGGGAACAUUCCCGGAAGGGAGUCUCCGCGGGGCCUGUAGAAGCGGCGCAAAGCGCAGAUGGCCCACUGUCAAAACGUCGCCGCGUGGAUGAGGCGACACACGACGCAGGUUUCGCGUCGCCCACCAGUUCCUCCUCUCGGCUCCUCCCUUCCCUUCACGCCCCCGCUGCUCCCCAUGCCGCUCCCCGCGCUGCACCUCCCGGUGCCCCUCCCUCGCCGUGUAGCCUUCCCCCUUCCGCCGUCACGUCGCUUUCCACGCCAGCGGGAGAAUCUUCCCCCGGUACUCCCUCCGCCGACGAUAGCCCUUCCGCCUCUUCCACUUCCCCCUGCGACAGCCCUUCCGCCCACUUCCCGGCCAGCCCCCCACUGCCUUCUGAGCCCCUUGCGCCUGCUCCCUUGGUCGUGUCCGCGCGCACAUCGCCCGGGGUAGUUGCGGAAGCGGAGGCAAAAUGGCGCAACCUGCGCCUAGGCCGCGUAUGGCGGGAGGGGCCUGGCGUUGGCGAGGAAGACCAAGCUGGUGGCAGCAGAGGCGGGGGACGGGCGGGGGGCUGGCAGAGUGAAGUGAGAGCGGAGAUGAGUGCGGUGACGGGACAGGCGGGCGAGGAGGAGGUUGGCAGCAUCAACACAUGCACCACACCCACUGCAAACACUACAGUCUCUCAUAGUGUUAUGACGAUGCAGCCCCCUGCGUGCUUUGAAGGUGGCCUGCCGCGGACGCAUUUGGGAAAUCAGGCUGCCUUGAUGCGGCUCACUGCGACUGGCAGUGCUGGGCGAGUGAGAGCAGGGUUCAGGAUGCCCCCUCGCCUCGUCAUCCCUUGCCUUCCAGGGGACACUGAGGCUGAUGCCACUGCCAGUGCUGCAGCUGGGAUGGAUGUUCCUGCAGGGCUGGGUGCGGGUGAAGGGAGCAACCUGGCAGGUGCAACGAAUGAUAGCACCAUGGCGUCUGGAAGAUUGCCCAGCCCCCUCGUGCUCAUUAACAGCGUGCAGGUAACAGGAGCAGGGACAUCACUCUUUGAUGCAUACGAUGUAGGCACGCCACAAGGUGUGCUUCCUUCCCCUCAUGGAGCUAGCUUUGCAGGAAGCUUACACGGAUUUCCGUCGUUUCCCUCCGCCGAUACCCCGCAGGUGCGGCAGCUGGAGGAGGGCUUGCGCGGUUCAUGGCACCCGGCGGCGGUGGUGGGCGUGGAAGACGGCUGGCGCGUCGUGCAGUAUCAGGAGCUUAUCAAAGACGAUCUCUCCGAGCCGCUCGUCGAAGCCAUUCCUCUCGCGUCCUACUUUACCUCGGGAACUCCGCACCAGGCUCCACCACCCGAUUCCCCGUGGAAAACUCUUAUCGAGUCCGCAAUGACGAAAUUCGCGAAGCUGGUAACGACGGGCGGGGUGAACGGCCGCGCGGUGAAGCCGGUGCUGCGGCCGCGCCCGCCGCAGGAGCACGUGCCGUCGUACAGGCGGUGGCGCGCGGGCGCGCCGGUGGACAUGCUAUGCAACGACGCGUGGUGGGAGGGGUUUCUCCUCGCGGACGUCGUGCGCGUCGGCAAGCGCACGGAAGUUCCCGUGGAGUUCCCUGAUGAGGCGACCUCGGAAUCGGUUGCGAUCGGUCUGUUGCGGUUCGGGCAGGAUUGGGACGAGCGCACGGGCGAGUGGCACCCGCGGAAGGUGGAGGGGGCUGCGGCGAGGAUUGCGGGUGGAAGCGGAAGCGCGGGUUGCGAGAACGGCAUAGCGAGACUUAGCUUGAAGCCGCGCGGGGAUGGUAGAGGGGUUGAGAACGGUGCGGUUAGCAGCGAGCUUGCGCACGAGCAGACAGCCUCGAUAGUACUGGAAGCAGGGGAUGGUAUAGAUGGAGGCUCCGAAGAAGCGCCCGAUGCUGCUGCAGCCGACACUCCCAAGGUGGCCGCUGGUAGCCUGGAUGCCACUACUAGGGCAGACAUGGGGCGUUAUAGCGGCGGGAAGAAGAUCAGGCGCAGAGACUCAGGUUUAGGGUUAGGGUUAGGGUUAGGGUUGGGUAACGGUGCGGGCGCAGGCACGGGGCUGGGCGUGCUGCAUUCACGGGGCGCAGGGUCGCAACACGUACGGGAGGUGAACGAAGUGUCUGACGUGAGCCAGGCGAGAGAAGGGAGAGGGGUGAGAGAAGGCAGAGUGGCGGGAGAGGCGGGAGAGGCGAGUGGGGUGAAUCGGCACGAGGCUGGGUCGCCCUUGGACAGGGUUGCGCCGAGGGGAAAUCGCGUGACGGAGCAGAAGAGAGUGAGCAUGGGCGGAGGGGGAGGGUCAGGGGGGAAGCAGGCGGCGGGUGAGGGCAGCGCGGGGAGGCAGAGGGAGGGCGCAAUGGUGAUAGGCAAGGGCGCCAAGGCGCAGGGCAGCAGAGGCAGGGCGCGGCAGCUCCGCGUGAGAGAGGCCCCUGGGGCAGCGGACGAGGCAGCAGGGGAGGUACCCGGAGGAGGGUUUGCCCCGGACUCCGCGGAGCACGCAGGCGGCGCGGACGCUCCGCCUGCGCGCAGGGCUCCCACGCACAAGAAGCACUCCAUAGCGAAGGUGUACCCGCCUGGGAGGGACCUAGCGCGGCUGAUAGACCAAGGGCUGGUGAGGGACGGCGAGGCAGUGGAAUAUAGGGACAUGCGGGAGCGGCGGGCGCUCAAGAGCGGGCGGCUGUCGCGGCAGGGCGUGACGUGCGACUGCUGUGGGCGCAUGUUCAAUCUCUCGGGGUUUGAGGCGCACACAGGGGUGACGUAUAGGCGCCCUGCGGCGAAUAUGUUUCUGGAGGACGGGCGGACGCUGGCCGUGUGUAAAAUGGAGGCGGAGAGGAGCGCGUACGGGGGAGGCGGAGGCGCAGGCACAGGCGCAAGCGCUGCCAGGGGUGGUGGAGGGGGUGGGGUGGCUGUGGGGAAUGGCACAGUGAGGGAGGCAGGCGGAAGGGCGGCGGGUGGUGGGCAGGAGGAGGGGAAGGGGGAAGGGGCGGCGAGGAAGGUGGUGAGGGUGAAGGGGCUGGGGUCGAAGGUGAAAGGGGCGGGUGGGGAGGGGGGCGGGGAGGGCGCGGAAGGGGAGGGUGGGGGAGCGGGGGAGCGGAGUGACUACAGUGACGUGCUGUGCCGGCUGUGUGGGGAUGGCGGGGAGCUGCUGUGCUGCGAUGCCUGCCCUGCCACACUGCACCUGCCCUGCGCUGGCCUGCAGGUGUGUGCCAUUCUCGUGCCCUUUACUUGCCCCUCUCAUCCCCUCUGCAUACGCCCCCUGCGUUGCCAGGGGGCAACUGGUUCUGUCCGGCAUGUCGCUGCUCCAUCUGCGGGGGCAACCUCAAGGAGCUCCCCACCGGCCGCUCCCUCGUCUGCCUUGCUGCUCCCAUGUCUCAAGCCUCUCCCACACCUGCUCCUCCCUCCCCCCGUUCCUUGUCCCCCCCACAUCCCUCUCCUCUUCCUCCAAUCAGACCAUGUGAGCUGCCUCAGGGACAUGGGGUGGGCCGACCUCAAGGAGCUCCCCACCGGCCGCUUCUUCUGCCGCCCACAGUGCCGCACCGUGUUUUUCGGCCUGCAGCGCCUCAUAGGCAAGCCCAUCUCCCUUCCGGGCGGCUUCUCCUGGACGCUUCUGCACGCGGAGGGUCCCCGCAGCGAGGCAGGGUCAGUGACCAAGGAGGAGCGACGGCACGACAGCCUGCUGAGAGAGCGGACGGGCGAGGUGGAGAGGAAGCUGCGGUGCGGCAUGGAGGUGAUGAGGGAGUGCUUUCAUCCCAUCAAGGAUGCUUUCACUGGCGAGGACCUCGUGCCCAUCAUCGUGCACAGCAAGAGCACGAAGCAUCGGGACUAUUCGGGGUUCUACACGGCAGUGCUGCAGCAGGGCAAGGAGUCCAUCACUGCUGCCAGCAUCAGGGUGUACGGCUGUGAGUUAGCAGAGAUGCCACUCAUAGGCACACGCUUCCGCUACCGCCGCCAGGGCAUGUGCCGGCGCCUGCUGCAGCAGAUAGAGCACCUGCUCGCCUCCCUCGGGGUCCGCAGGUUCCUUCUGCCAGCUGUCCCCGAGGCUGAUGCCACGUGGCGCCAGGGCUUUGGCUUUGCUGACAUGUCAGCCGAGGCGCGGCGGCAGCUGCUACAGCUGGACGUGCUGGUUUUCCCCGGGACGGCGGUUUUGGAGAAGGGGCUCCCGGUGCUGCCGCCCGCUGCCGCCCCUGCCGCCCUGCCGCUGCUUGUGGCCGGGCCGGCCGGGCAGUGGAAGCUGGGGUCUGGGGGGAGAGGGGCGGCAGUGGCGGGUGGAGCAGCAGCAGGGGGGGCGGGGGGAGUGAGGGCGGCAGGGGCGGUGGUUGGGGGGAGACUGGGGGGCAGGAGGGGGAUGGGGAGGGGCGGGGGGAAGCUGAUGCUGCCAGGGCGGAAGGGCACAGGGAGGGGCCUGGGGCGGGGAGGGAAGUUCAGCCUGAGGGGCAAGGCGCUGGGGGUGCAGGGAGGAGGGGUGAGGGCGAAAGAAGGAGCAGGGGAGGGGUUGGUGUUGGAGCAUAUGUGGGCGUCUAAGGGAGUGAAUGGGCACAGGCGAGUGAAGAAACUCAAAGUGAAACUCAAACUCGAAGCAGACCCGCACCACUCUCAACCGCAACCCGUCUCACUGCACCCACACACGCUCCCCAUCGCCCCUCCACUCCUCCCAAGCCCAGCUCUGCCGUCUCCCUCUGCCCGUCAUUCUUCUCUCCCUCCCACCCCUCACACCCCCCCACUCCCCGCCACUUCCCCCGGGAAACACCUUGGGGGAGGGGGGAGGGUGCGCCUCCCCCUGAGAAUCCACCCUCUGCCAGAGGAUCUGCGGUGGCGGGGGGGAGAGGGGGAGAUUCGGCUGGUGAAAUACAAGAACUGGCCGGCUAGUAUGCUGCGGCAGCGGCAUAAGCAGCGCCUGGCGCAUUUGGAGGGGUUGGGAAAGGUGGGAGCGGGUGCGGAGCUGUUGAGUGUGGUGGUGGGGUAUGUGGGGCUGCCGUGGCGCGUGCUGCAGUGGGGCGGGGAAGGGGCGGAGUGGGUGGGCAGGAAGGAGGAGGAGGGUGAAGAGGAGGACAUUGGUGCUAACAUGACUGCUGCUGCUGCCACGGCUGCUGGCACGGGUGGGUAUAGCGCUGCUGCCAAUGCGAGCGGGGAGGGUGCUGCUGCUGGUUCUGCUGCUGCUGCUACCGCUGGUAUCAGUACCGGUGGCAGUGCGUUGGUGUGGGGGGUGGAGAAGGCAUAUGUAGACGCACCACCGUGGUGCAAGGACACCUGCUCCUUCCUCUCUGACCAUCACCAUCGCACGCUGCCUGUGAGCAACCUGUACAAGCAGUUGACCUCAGCAGCAGCUGACGAGGCAAAGCCCUGCGCGCUCGUGCCUGUGGCAGCUGAGCCUUCCAGCACCACUCUUGUGCCUCUCCCCUCUGCCCCUGCCCUGCUCGUUGCUUUGCCUGUCGCAUUGCAUGUCCCUGUUCUGCCUGCUGCCCUGCCUGCUGCGUUGCCUGGUGAAGCCUCGACGGCUGUCUGUGUCUCUCUGGCACUGCGGGCUGUACCUGCAGCAGGGGCUGGUGGUAUGGCGGAUGAGGGAGUGGGUGGAGAGCGCUGUGAGGUCAAAGAAGAGGAGAAGGCUGAGGGGGAGGCAGAGGGGAAUGGAGUGAGGGAGGCUGAAGGGAGUCCAGAGAGGGAAGCAGCCGGGAUUGGAGAGAAAGGGGUAGAGGGUAAUGAUGAGGAGCAAUCAGAGAUUAGAGCAACAGACGGGGAUGCAAAAGGGAGGCAGCUACGGGGGAGGGGUGAAGGAGAGUCAGGUGCGGUUAGGAGUGGUGCGAAGCGGUGGAGCGAGCAGCAGGGGCAGAGAAAGGCAGCACGGCAGUCCCCUAGGCUGGCGGAACUGGGGGCUGAGAAACAACUCAAGGCAGUCAAAGCAGUGAAAACGACCAACAUGGGCAAGAUGGGUCAUGCAGGCAAGGCCAGUAAGGCAAGCGGCAUGAAUCACAUGGUUACUACCAGCACGAACAACACGAGCAACGCAUACAACACGAGCAAUGGAGGGAUUUUGAGUAUUAUGGGUGAUGAAUGUGAGGCGGUGGUGCCGAGUAGGGAGUGGGGCAAGGAGGGGCGGCGAGGGCCCAUGCUGGUGGUGAUUGCUCUUGAGGCGCCUGAACGCGUGGAGGGACCUCUGGAUGCUGCGUAUUGGGCUCGGGCUGAGAAGGAUGCGAGGCGGUGCAGUGCGGUGGAGGAGGGUGAGGGGGCGGGGGAUUUGGGCCGAGAGAGGGGAGAGGCGGGGGAGGAGGAAGAGGGAGGAGAGGGGGAAGAGGGGGGAGAAAUGGGAGAGGAGGAAGAGGGGAGGACACUUGAUGGGGCUGGUGGUAGAGGUGGGGAUGGGGAGGACGAGGAAGUAAUGGUGGAUGCGGAAGGAGGAGCAGGAGGGCGGAAAGGCAGUGCAGCAGCAGAAGCAGGUGGGGCAGGAGAUGGGGUGGAGGGUGGGGAGGCAGCAGAACCAGUGCACACACCAUCAGCAGCAGCACGGGCGCGAGAUGAAGCAGGGAGGCGGGCAACCAGGGCAGCAGGGGCGGGAGGGGCGGGAGGGCGGGCGGGAGGGGUGAGAGUGAGGGUGAGGGCGGAGGCGCUGCAGCGGGUGGUGCGCACGUUUGGCAUUGAGGAGAUGUGGCGCGCCGUGCCCGUGGAGGUGAUCGUUAGGGCAGAUCAGGAGGAUGGGGCAGAUUUGGCAGGUGGGCUGGAUGGGGCAGAUGCGAUGGAUGAGAUGGGUAUGAUGGGUGUGGUGGAUGGGGUGUGUGAGGUAGAGCACCUGCUGUUAGAGGGGUCACAUGGGGAAGGGAUGGAGCUGAGUGCGGUUCAGAGCGGUGGUGGUGCUGUGUGGAGGUCUGUGCCUGACACGCCGCCGCCUGAGCUUUCCCUGCCACCCAUCGGGCGGCGUCCUUUGGCUUUCCAGUUGCCGCCCAGUGCCUUUGAGGAUUCACCCAGUACCACACCGUGCGCACUGCAACACUCCCAGAUGACACCUGCCAUUCAGAUGACACCUAUCUCUCAAAUGACACCUGUCUCUCAGAUGACACCUGCCUCUCAGAUGACACCUGCCUCCCAGAUGACACCCGCCUUCCAGAUGACACCUGCCUUCCAAAUGACACCUGCCUCCCAGAUGACACCUGCCUUCCAGAUGACACCUGCCUUCCAGAUGACACCUGUCUCCCAGAUGCCACCUGCCACCCAGAUGACACCUGUAUUUCAAAUCGCACCUGCCACACACAUACCUCUUGUAGUCACGGAACCAACUCCUGCUGUUUCCGCUGUCUCUGUGCUUCCGCCCCAGGCAGAGGCAGCAGCGAGAGGAGAGGAGUCCAUGGCAGGUGGUGAUCCCUGUGUGGCCGGCAGAGAGGAGGUUGAAGGGGGGAGAGGGGGCGAGAGGAAGACAGGGGAAGUGGGGGGCAGCGAGAAUGCAAACCAGCUGCUUCCAGCCAGUGUGGCCCGUGAUGCCUCCCCUGAUGCACCUGUGAGUGUGGCACCUGAGGCUGUGGCACCUGAGGCUGUGGCACCUGAGAGUGUGGCACCUGAGGCUGUGGCACCUGAGGCUGUGGCACCUGAAGCUGUGGCACCUGAAGCUGUGGCACCUGAAGCUGUGGCACCUGAAGCUGUGGCACCUGAAGCUGUGGCACAUGAGGAUGUGGCACCUGGGAGUGUGGCACCUGAGAGUGUGGCUCCUGAGAGUGUGGCACCUGAGAGUGUGGCUCCUGAUGGUGUGGCACCUGAAGGUGUGGCACCUGAGAGUGUGGCACCUGAAGGUGUGGCACCUGAAGGUGUGGCACCUGAAGGUAUGGCACCUGAGAGUGUGGCACCUGAAGGUGUGGCACCUGAAGGUGUGGCACAUGAGUCAGCAGCAGCACUAACACCAGAUGAACCUUGCAACGACUCUCACCACAACACCCACCAGGACUCUCGCCACGACUUUCACCACCCCUCGCCUGUGCCAGCGCAACACCUAAUGCUGCUGCCCAGCCCUGCUGCUGUCUCCCCGGCCCUCCCCUCCCCUCUGCACCCCGCUCUCUCACAUCCAGCCCCAGCCAGCCCAGUCCUGACCAUGCUUCCUGCGCCACUGUCCCCCUCCCAUUUACCUCCGUCUCCGCACUCCCCUUUACAGCUCCCACAUCCCUUAUCACUUCCACCCACUGACCAAUCCGCCUUCCCACAAUCGCCCCUCGCGCUCCCCCCUCCAUCCCCCACCGCGACCCCCCUACCACCGCCUCUCCCCCUCAGCUUCCCCUGGCUUCUCCUCCCUGGCUCCUCCAUCCCCCCCAACCUUGCUUGGCGCCAAUCCUCCCGCCCAGUGCCCCUCGUUGGUGUUGCUGGUGCUGGUGCUGGUGCUGGUGGCGGUGGUGGGGUGGUGGGGGGGAUGAGCAUGCGGUUGCGGCGAGUGGUAAAAUCACCAUCAUGGUUGCUGCAAGGCGUGAGGGGCGCGGGAGGGGACGGAGCAGGCGAGGGGGAGGAGGGGGACGAGGGGGACAAGGCACGGGCAGGGAGGGCAGGAGGGGAGGGGGAAGAGAGGCGGCGGAGGGGUGGGGGUGCGCAGGUGGGGGGCGAGGGGUGGGUGUAUGGGGUGGAGGAGGAGUGGGUGCCCAGCAGUGCCGUGUGCCGCAGGCGGCGCUCGGAUUCGACACGGCGGGCUCGGGCUGUGGGGGAGAGGUUCUCUGGAGAGAGGGUGGAUGGGGCGAGAGUAGAUGGCCUCUCACAGGGGCAUCAACAGCAGCAGCAACAACAGCAGCAGCGGCAGCAGGAGCACGGUUUGAGUGGCCUGCUGUCUUGGCCUCUCACUGACGCUACUGCUACUGCUGCUACCGCUGGUGCUGCCGGUGCAGUGUGGCAUGUUGGUGGUAUUGGCAGUGCUGGACGCACACCCACCGGUGUGCGUAAGAAACGCCGAGGCAGCAGCACCGCUGCUCUCACCCCUGCUUCUGUUUCUGCUGCUGCGUCCCCUGCACCUGCUACCGCCGCAGCCAGCGCCACAGGUAGUGUGAUUCUCCGAGCGGCAGCAGUGUCAGCAGCAGUGUCAUCGCCCCAGCCCCAUGCUCACUCCCCCCGUGCCAGUCAUCGCACGUGCCGGCAGGGAUGGCGGGUAGCAGGGGGCGCAGCGCGGCUGAUAGCUUAUCGCGGCCGGGAGGUGGGUGCUGGGGAGGGUGGGUCUGAGGAGGGGCGGUGUGAUGGUGCUGGGGAUGGGGUGCUGUUAGUGCGGGCAGGUGGAGGGGAGGGGGUAGCAGAGGGAGGGAGAGGGGUGGGGGUAGAGACACCUGGUGUAUUGGCUGUUGGGGGCCAGGAGUCAUAUGCUGGUGGGGGACGGGCAGGGGUGAUUGUGGCAUUGACAGCUAGAGGGGCAGCGGGAGGAGCAGCAGGGGGAGUGGUGUGUGGUGGUGUGGGCCUAUCGCGACCAGAAGCUGCUACAGUAGCAGGGAUGGCAGAGGAAGGAGCAGCAGCUGGAACGGCAGAUGUUGCAGAAGCAGCAGCAGCAGCAACACCAGCAGAGCUUCCUGUCGUGACAGCAGUGGAGGGAGUGGUGGGUACCAUGCCUAUAGGGGGGUCCGCCAAAGUGCCUGUAUGGGGGAUGCAGUACAAGCGGCGCAGGGUGGAGCGGUGGAGGGGAGAGAGGGGGUGCAGUGAGAGUGGAGGGGAUGGCAGCACGGAGGCAGGGGCAAUGGAGAGCGACAUGGGGAGCAGGGACCAUGUGCAUGGCGGCGUUGACAUGAGACACAUGGGAGAUGUGGGGGAUGUGGGGGUUGUGAGAAGUGUGGGAGGGAAUGGAGCACUCUAUGAAGGUGUUGAGAGCGGUGCAGAUGGUGCUCAUUCGGGUGGUGCUGGUGGGAGUGGCGCGAUGGAGAGCAGCAGCGGCGUGGAUUUGAUUCUGUCCGCCUCUGCCUCACACAGCUGGAGCAGCAGCCGGGGCGUGUCAGCUGGAGUGGUGCCGUCAGGUAGUGCAGCGGGGGCGGAGAAAGGAAGUUGCAGGCAUGUCAUGCUCACGCGUGGGUCACACGGGCAUGUGUCACAGACGCAUGGGUCGGAGGGCCAUGCGUCUAACACGCAUGUGUGCCGCACGGAGGCAGUGUCUCGAGAGCGGUCGCUGCUGGCAUGUGUGAAGGACGAGCUUAUGGUGGAGGCAGCCUCGCUGGCAGCUGCUGAGACGUUUGUUGGGGGCCAAGCUCCUUUGACCGAAGCACCAGCAGCAGCAGCGCAAGCAACAGCAGCGCAAGCAGCAGUAGUGCCAUCAACAGGAGCACAAGCCCUUUCAGCAGCAGCUUCUCCAUUGGUGCAGAACACGUGUCACGAGGCAUCAGCGCGAGUUGUCUCGGAUGUUAGCCAGCAGCAGCAGCUGUGGACGGGGAAGGAGGAGCAGCAGGAGGUGGAGGAGCAAGAGCAGCCGGCGGAGGAACGACAAGAGGGCCAGGAGCAAGGGCAGGAGCAGGACCGGCAGCAGCAACAGCAGGAGGAGCAGCAGCAGCAGCAGCAGCAGCAGCAGCAGCAGCAGCAGCAGCAGCAGGCAGCCCGGUUGUCAGCACGAGCAGCCCACCGGUCCACAUUCAAGCUGGAGAGGCUGAGCCUGCUCUCCCUCUCCCCUGUUGUGGGCCGCCCCGGCUCUGCAGGCAAUGAGGGGCCGCUGGGGUUGGCUGAGGUGGGGGGGCGGAGACGCAGCAGCAGACUGCUGGAGGGGCAGGGGGGAGGGGAUGAGGGCGAGAAGGGCAAGGCUGCAGGGGAGGAGGGUGAGAAGGGCAAGGUGGGAGGGGAGGGAGCAGAGGAAGGGGUAGCGGGAGCAAGGAAUGCGGAGAGUGGUGAGGGGAAGCAGAGGCGGCGAGUGGGGGUGGUGGGGGGUGUUGGUGUGGCAAGAGGGGGCGGUGCUGGUGCUGCUGGUACGGGGGAGGUGAGAGGGAAGGGACAGAGCAGCAGCAGGGGGGCCAGCGGGGCAGAGAAGCGAGUGCUGUUCCUGAAUGGCUUGGGGGCGGGGGAGAGGAGGGGGUGUGUGAGUGCGCAAGGCCUUGACGCGUCAGAAGAUGGAGAUGUUGUGGAAGUGCAGGGGGAGGAGCGGGGGAGGGAAGGCGGCGAGGAGGAGAUCAGCAGGGGAUUCAACUCAGCAGCAGCUACACCGCUCCCCCGCGCCACACUGCUGUGGUCCCCUGGCCCUCUGCUGCUCCCCCCCUCUGGCGCCCCACCCUCCCCCUGGCGCUUGGAUGAAGUGGGUGAGAGGGAGGCGGAGAGGGAGGUGGAUAGGGAGGGAGAGGGGAGGGAUGUGCAGGUGGUGAGGGUGGAAGGGAAGGAGGAGGUGAUGGGGAAGGAGCGGGAGGAGGAGGGGGAGGAGGGACCGAUGGGCAAUGGUCCUGAAGGGCCUCCUGGUACAGCACAAGUCGGGGACAGUCUUGCAGGUGCAUGCAGGCAAGGACUGGCGGUAGAGCAGCGGAAGGUGGCAGCGCACGAGGCAGAGCAGGGGAUGGUGGAAGAUGAAGAAUUCGUGGCAGAGCAAGAGGCAGUAGCAAGGGAUGCAGCACGAGCAGGUGCAGAGGAGGGCACAGGGAUGCAGGACCCGGCAAGUGCAUUGCCCCCGGAGGCCUCUCACUCUCACACCCCGCACACCUGCCCUUCCAUACCAAUCUCUGCUUUGUCAUGUGGUGCUGCCUCCACAUCCAUUCAAGAGGCCGUUCCUUCACCUCCUCUUUCAGUGAUAGUGCCAGCAGCACCAUCAGUACCACCACUACCACCGUCAGCAGCAGCGGCAGCAGCAGCAAGCAAGUCUCUCAACACACCAGUAAACGCUCCAGACGCAUCGGCAGCCAGUCAAGAUGUGAAGGAGCAGGCACAGCAGGCCACAAGGCCACCCAUUGCCAUCGACCUCCUCACUUCCUCCUCCAAGUCCUCCUGGCCCACCCUCGCACCCUCCACCACACCAGCGGCAAUCCCAAGGGAGGUAACCUGGUUACCACCUCCAAGCAUCACCACGCUACCAUCGCCUUCCACCACAGGCACGUCGCCCUUGUGUUCCCCAUUGGCCCCGUCUCCCACACUGAUGUAUCAGAGGAGGCGAUUGGCCGCUCCUCGUGAGCUGCCGUUGCGUGUGUUUGGUGAUUUUGUUGCCAAGCAGCGCGAUGCUGCUGUUUCGCCUGACAUGCGGCUGACUAGAGCUGCUGCCUCGCGAUUGCAUCUGACGAAUCAGGAUGAGAAUGAUAGGACGUUUAGGUGA